AUGGCCGGAGACCAUGAGCAAUACGCCAAUCCCCUGCUUCUUGACUGGGUCAAGGAAUGGCUGGACAACGCUAGAGAACGAGGCAUGAAAAGCAUAACAACGUACAGAAAUGCAUACGAAUCACUUAAGGCAUGUCCUAUAACAUUUGAGCAUCCUCGGCAGCUGGUUCAGCUCAAAGGCUUUGGAGACAAGCUUUCUGCUCGCCUCACAGAUAAAUUGAAAGAACAUUGUGAAACCAACGGCUUGCCGAUGCCCAGAGAUACCCGGCUCCCUAAGAGAGGUGGCGCAUCCGAAGUUGCUGACAACGAUGAGCCCGCGCCUCCUCCUAAAAAGGCACGUAAGGCAAAGCCAUAUGUUCCAACAUAUCGGUCCGGUGCCUAUGCUCUAGUUCUUUCGCUUUCUACCCUAGGAGAAGAUGCAUCCAUUGGCUUGACAAAGCCUGAGCUUAUCGAGCUUGCCCAAGAACACUGCGACUCAUCCUUUACGGCGCCGGCUGAUCCUAGCCGACAUUACACAGCCUGGAAUUCGAUGAAGACACUGAUCGAAAAAGACUUGGUUUGUGAGAAAGGUCGUCCACAAAAGCGCUACUUGCUCACCGAUGAAGGAUGGGACGUUGCUAAACGCAUCAAGAAGACAACAGAACCAAGUGGUCAAGCUGGUGGUAUCGUGGCUGGUUCAAGCACUAGGCUGGAGCCUGUUAGGCCUGAUUUGGCCACAUCAGAAAACCUAAUUGACAGAGAAGGGUCCCCAUCAAGCGAGCCUGUGGAACAACCAAAACCUAGGUCGGCCUACGAAGGCGUCGUCACAAAUGGCCCUGUUGUUUCAGAUGAUUCUUCGCUCCCGACAUUUAACCCCAUCAUAUUGCCUCCGGGAUCUUUCACAGUCCAUCUUGUGUUGGACAACCGCGAGGUCCGGGCUUUGAAAGAUCGCGACUAUAUGCAGGAAGAACUGAGCAAGAAGGGCGUCAAGCCUAUUGUGCGAGCACUAGAAGUCGGUGACGCGCAAUGGAUUGCCAAAUGCCAUGAUCCCAAUUCGCUAUCUUGUCGUGGCGGCGAAGGUGACGAAAUUGUACUCGAUUGGAUCGUUGAGCGCAAGCGACUCGACGACUUGGUUAGCAGUGUCAAAGAUGGCCGCUUUCAUGAGCAAAAGUUUCGUCUCCGAAGAUCAGGUGUCAAGAAUGUCGUAUACAUUGUCGAGGAGAUAUCUAUGGACUCGAGUUAUUUCCAAAAGGUUGAGGAGAUGAUUCAGUCAUCCAUCGCUUCAACUCAAGUAGUUAACGGCUACUUUCUCAAGAGAACACAAAAGAUGGAUGAAACGAUCCGAUAUUUGGCCCGGAUGACAUCCAUGCUUAAAAAGAUUUAUGAGCGCAAGCCACUCUCGGUUAUUCCAACUACCGUCUUGACGGCACAGAAUUAUUUGCCGCUGCUGCAGCACCUUCGGGAGAAGGAUCCUUCUACAGGAUAUUAUAUUACUUAUCCGGCUUUUGCGUCUCUGGCGUCCAAGUCGGAUAUGUUGACUUUACGAGACGUUUAUCUGAAGAUGCUCAUGACGACAAGGGGCAUCACGGGAGAAAAGGCACUGGAAAUCCAGAAACGGUGGAAAACACCUCAUGAUUUGAUAAAGGCGUUUGAAGAGUGUGGCUCUGGCGAGCAGGGAACCAAAAGGAAACGGGAUUUGGUCAUAAGAGAACUGCCUAACCUCGUGGGCCGGAAAAAGAUCCCCAAAGCCGUCAGUCAGCGACUGGCCGAAGUCUGGGGCGAUGCAUAA